UUUUGUGGAAUAAUAUCCGCCGAGGUGUUGCAGGUCACCAAAAUAAACAUCUAAAACGUGAUGAAACAUACAUCAUGUCAAGUUCCAUGAAAAGUGGCAUGUAAUUUAAUAUGAAGCUUAUCUUAAUUUUGAAUCUUUUAUUUUUACAUGAGUUUGUAGCGAUAAAUUAUAGUGGUGGCCCUGUGAAUGGCAAUUCAGAGGGAUGUUUUUGUAAGUUACAAGGAGAAGUAGAUGACUGUACGUGUAAGGUGGAGACUUUAGACGGCAUUAACAAUCAGAAAAUAUAUCCUCGCUUACAGAGUUUACUUAGUAAAGAUUACUUCAGAUAUUUUAAGGUUAAUCUAAAAAAGACAUGCCCAUUUUGGUCAGAUGACAGUAGAUGUGCAUUAAAGGACUGUCAUGUAGAUAUGUGUAAUCAGGAUGAAAUCCCACCAGGUUUAAAAGGGAGUGAACCAACUGAAAAGAAGUAUUCCAAAGAAGCUCAAGAUGAGACUGAGUCAUGUGAAGAACAAAAAGAAUUAGGUGCAUUGAAUACUACUAUCAGUGACUCCACAAAAGAAGCACUGAGGAACUGGACUAAGCAUGAUGAUACACAGGAAACAUUCUGUGAACUUGAUGAUGACAAUUCAUCAGAAUGUGACUAUGUUGACCUACUUCUUAACCCUGAAAGAUACACGGGAUACAAAGGACCAUCAGCACAUAGGAUCUGGAGGAGUAUUUAUGAAGAAAAUUGCUUCAAACCACAAGAAGAUGAGAGUACACCUUAUUCACCUCAACAGUCUCUUGCAGCAUCAUAUCUUAAAGCUGUCUAUAUAAGAUCAGAAAUGACAGGAUUGUGCUUGGAACAGAGGACUUUCUACAGAAUGAUUUCAGGGCUUCAUACCUCAAUCAAUUUACAUCUCUCAGCAAAUUAUUUGUUUCAAGACAAACUGGGAUUCGGUAAUGGUAAAUGGGCACACAACACUAAGGAAUUUUUAAGAAGAUUUGAUCCUGUAAAUGAAGAGCAGGGUCCUCAGAGACUGAAGAAUUUAUAUUUUGCCUACCUUGUUGAACUGAGAGCAUUAAUAAAGGCAGCACCAUAUAUUUUAGAGGAAGAAUUUUACACAGGAAAUGAAGAAGAGGAUAAGGAUGUUAAAAGUGGAGUAAGAGAUUUGUUAACUGUUAUUCAACAAGCUCCAGAUCAGUUUGAUGAAAGUAAAUUAUUUCAAGGUGAUCACAAAGAAGCAAAGAAAUUAAAGGAAGAAUUCCGUGCUCAUUUUAUGAAUGUAUCCAGGAUAAUGGAUUGUGUUGGUUGUGAUAAGUGCAAACUAUGGGGCAAAUUACAGAUACAAGGCAUGGGCACAGCUUUGAAAAUAUUAUUUUCGGGUGAUCAGAUAGGACCACAUUCCACAAUUAAUGCAAAUCAGAAGAAAAAGUUUCAGCUUAGACGUACUGAAAUUGUCUCGCUUUUUAAUUCUUUUGGCAGAUUAUCAAGCAGUGUUCAUUCAAUAGAAAAGUUCCGACACCUGUUGAGCUGACACCACCACUUAGAUGAUCUCUCCUUUUGCUCAUGGAACUAUUUUUCCCGCCACGGCUGUGAUUCUUAGGCUUUCAAAAGGCUUGACAGUGAUAUUCACAAAUGAUUAUACUAAGCUUAACUUCGUUAGUUGUUUCAGGGUGAAUCCAUAUAAAUGAAUUCUGUGCAUAGUUAGGCUUAAAAAAAUUGAACAUAAACCCUAAUUCAGCCAUUUUUAGAGAAAUUGUACGUGCAAGUCAUGAAUGAUGCAGUAUAAUUUUCAAGUGCUUAGUCUUUAGUCAAAAUAGAAAAUGCAUUUUUGUUAUUUGUUAGAAUUGUCUCUGUUGAAUACAAAUCCUUUAAUAUAUAUUACCAAACAUACAAGUAAUACAAAGCUUCUCAUAAUGUGACAAAUCUCUACAAACUUUGUGCAUUUUUAAGCUAUAAAAUUUUGUCAAUGAGCCUUCAGCCAUUAUCUUUUUAUUUUUUACAUAAAAUUUUCGACUAAUUUUUUCGUAACAAAUGUAAAGAUAAACUAAGGUUACUGGUGGCCAGAAAUUAGAAAUCGUGUCUUUGGAAUACCAUUUAUUGUGAAAUUGAUUCACAUCAAAUGCAAUAAUAUUUUUGAUAUUUCAUGUGGAUAUAUAUAGACCUUAAAGCAUUCCAUUAGAAAGAUAAAUAUAGGCUUUACACCAUAGACAUGUGGAUAUUUAUCACCAGUGUAUUUUGGUCAAAGAAUAAAUUACAUUCUUUUUAUUAUUUCAGAAUGUAUUUGGUUAUUAUUAAUUGUGUGUACAAAUGUGGCCUGUAUGUUCAUGUUAAUUAAUUUAUGAUAACUUUGUUGUGAAUAUUUAUGGUUAAGAAGUCUUGCUGACAGAGUGUUCUAUGUCAUGUAGUUAAGUUAUUUAUAAAUGUUAUAAAUGUUUACUUUAAGCCCUUGUAGAUAAAUUGACGUUAUUUUUUUAUUAGAUUAAUUAAAGCGACUGGAUAUAGUUUUGGGAUAUAUAAAUAUUCAAUGUCCUGUUGUUUUCGAGAUUCAGGAUAUAUAAAUAUUCAAUGUCCUGUUGUUUUUGAGAUUCAGGAUAUAUAAAUAUUCAAUGUCCUGUUGUUUUCGAGAUUCAGGAUAUAUAAAUAUUCAAGGUCCUGUUGUUUUCGAGAUUCAGGAUAUAUAAAUAUUCAAUGUCCUGUUGUUUCAGUUUCAUUUAUGAUGACAUUUUGAUGAUGAAUCUGAGGAAUAAAAUUUAAUAAAUGAAAUAUAGUGAUGAAUUCUCAUCUGAUGAGGUACAAAACCGAUGUUGUUUUCAUUUUCAAAUGAAUUUCUUGGUUGCCCAAAUAAUUAUAGUUUGUCUGAAAUAUAUAUAACAAUGCAUUUGAUGCUAAUUUUUUAAAGAUAAUUAUACCAGUCUUUGGGUACAUCUGGAAUUUGUGUUUUUUUUCUGUUUGUCUAAAUUUACCUCUUGUAGAUUGAUAUUUGUAUGCUUUAAGAUGUCCUGUCUUCAAGUCUUGUCAGGUAGUUGAGUGAGCAAAGUGUACUACAUAUGAUUUUCUUUGAAAAAAAAACUAUGACAUUACCUUGAAAGCUUUUAUAAAUGGCAUUUAUAUUAAUGUAUGGGGGAGCGAGAAAAUGGGAUUAGGGUGAGUAGAAGCCCACAACUCAUCCCAUGGAGGGGGAGAAAAUGGGUUAAGGGUAGAUUAGCAGACAAAAGCUACUGUUACAAUAAAACUUUUAUGACUUUCAAUUAUUAAGUUUAUUGAUAUUCAACAUUUAGAUAAGUAUCGGAUGUAUUGAUAUAAUAUUAUUAGCAUUUUUUUUUAAAGAUACAAUUCAUUCAAAUGAAUAUUUAAAAACAGAUUUUUAGUCAGUAUAUUGUAAUUUUUUGUAUAUAAAAUGGGUCAGUUAAUAACAGUUUUUUUUUUACUUUAUUAAGACAUUAUUCUUGAAACUACCAAACUGUAGAAAUUGACAUAUGGACAUUAUUUACUAUGAAAACAAAUAUUUUAAGUUGAUAUUUUUAACAAUAUAUGCAAGUAACUGUUGAUCAAUUUUUUGAUGUUGUGAAUUAAUAAUUAUUCAUAGGUUACUAAGUUUCAAAGCUUUUAUGGUUUGAGGUAAACCAUGUCUUACACACAAAUGCAAUUUUCAUAAAGGCUUGUGUGCAAAAUUUGUUCAAUCCAUGAAAUCAAAUAGCCUUAAUAAAACAAUGUUUCAUCAAUCCACGAAAAAUAAAUGAAAUACGGCAAAUGGUAAAUCAACAAUUAUAUAUUUCUAUUUGAUAGUUGUAGCCUAAAAGGUCUUUAAGAUAUGUUCCUAGUAGUGUAGAUUUUUACAAUCAUGCUACUAAGAUCUUUCAUUGUGAAAAGGUUGCCUAUUAUGACAAAUAUAUUUUGCUGCUUUAGUUGAAAUACAGAUUAAUACUGUAGGGUCUUCAUUUCCUCUUUUUACACAAGUAAUACAUUUAGAACAAAAAUUUGAACUUACAUACAUUAUAUAUUUUAAAGUGAUAUUGCCUGUAUUUGUUAGAUUUGUUUGCCUCUUAUAUGCUGUAGUUUGUUGAUAUUACCAAGCAGCUGUGUUCCUCAUUGCACAAUAAACCAGUCCUACAGAUCGUCUUAAACUUGCAAUGAGGUGUGAUUUGUUUCUCCACGUUGAAAUCCUCACUGUAACUAUGAGAUGAAAAACCUGUGGGUUUUGUCAAGUGUAUGAAUUUUGUUUCAAGAUUUUAUACACCAAUUCCUCUCUUUUCCAUGUAAUAAUUGUUUACAAUCUGGAUAGUUAACAGAAAUAUGACUCACUUUUCAUACUAAACAUCUAUGAAUGUAUGUGUUCUCUUUUCAUUUCUAAGGGAUCAUGGCAAGUCUAAUUUUCUUGGAAAUGAUGGAUAUAGCAUUUGAUAGUUCAACAAUAAUAAAGGAGAAAUGUAAUUAUAUAUUGCUCAAAUUAACUUGAAAUCUAAAGAUCUAGUCAGUAGACUAGUUAAUUCUAUGUUCUAGAUAUUAGCAAAAAUCCUUAAAAUAUUUCACUAUUGUUCUACAAUAUUUUGUCAUUUUGUUGAUAUAUAAUGUUGUUAUCUAUUUUCAUGCAAUCUUGUAAUUGUUAUUUCAUACAGUUUAUCAUUAAAUAUAAAACAAUA